AUGGAGGAGUUGGUAGAGGAUGACAUCUGUAUUUUGAACCAUGAAAAAGCAGACAACGCUCAUAAGAGAGAUGGGGAGAUUCCUGUUUCAUCUUACAGUGGAGAUGAGUCUGUUGCCUCACACUUUGCACUUGUCACUGCAUAUGAAGAUAUCAAGAAACGACUAAAGGAGACAGAGAAGGAGAACUCCUUCUUAAAAAAAAGAGUGAGAAUUCUAGAAGAGAAGCUGCUUGGCUCCCGACUGGAAGAGGAAUGUAGUUCAGUUGGACGUGAACAAGUAAAUAAGGCAUACCAAGCCUAUCGAGAGGCCUGCAUUGACCGAGAUAAUCUGAAAAGCAAACUGGAUAAAAUGAUGAAAGAAAGUGUGGAAUCCUUGAAAAUCUUGAAUGAACAGUUGCAGUCUAAAGAAGUAGAGCUGCUACAACUAAGAACUGAAGUGGAAACUCAACAAGUGAUGAAAAAUCUGAAUUGUACUCAGUCCAGCUGGGAAAUAGAGAAGCUGAGCAGUGACCUGAAAGUGCAUAGUCUGGAACAGGAUCUAGAAAAGCUCAAGCAAGAGUGCAACAGUCUCAGAAAGGAGUUGCAAAAAUCCAAGCAGAAGGACCAGGCUCAAGAUGAAAAUCCAUUAAAUGGAGACCUCCUUCAAAGGCAAGAGAUCCAGAG